AUGUCGUUCGCCCACGCUGCCCGCUCUCUCGUCGUCCCGCCACGAACCCUCCUCCCCUCCCGGCCGUCGCCGUCGAAGCCAGCGCCAACGCCGCUGACGGAGGGCCCGACGGUGCUCGACGGGAGCCGUCUGGUGGACAUGGCUCGCGUUGGCGCCACGGCGAUCUCGCCGGACGGCAGCCUCGCCUGCUUCGAGUUCUCGCCUUGCGGCAAGCACAUCGCUUUCGUCUCUGACCGCGGUGGCGAUAAGACGAACGGCACCGCAGUUUGGAUCACGCCUGCCACGGGACCCGGCGAGGCGCGGCUCCUCGCCUCCUUCCCGGUCGCCGUCGGCGAUCUCGAGUGGAACCACGACUCAUCGGGGAUUGUCGUGUCCGCGUCUGUGUACGUCGACGAGGCGGCGCGCGGCGCAAGCGGUCUAGCGGCGAUGGAGUCGACGGCCGCGCGCGACAAGGCUCUGAAAGAGGACGAGUCUGGUCUGAACGCCGUGAUCUUCAAGCGGCUGCCGAUACGCCAGUGGGACUCGUGGCUCACCUCGGCCAUGCCACACCCCUUCUUUGUCGGGGUCGUCCCCGAAGCGAAGUCGCCGUCAGGCUACAAGCUCACUGAUGUGCCCGCGGUCGACCUCCUGUCUGCGGUGCCGACUGCGGUACCCAGCGGCGCAUUCGGAGGAUCGUAG